ACAAUGCUAUAAUAAAAACUUCUAUGCAUAGACAUUGAUUUGCACUUUUAAAACUUUUCAUCAGUUCUAUUCUAUGGUUGAUUUAUUUAUUGAUUUGAUUAACUACCCACGACACUUGUCCGAUUUUAUUUUAGCAAUAAAUAACUUGACAGCUGAAUGACACCAAACAAAAACAAAAAACAGUUUAUAUAAUGUCGUUUGCAAAAUUUUUAUGAUUUUAAGCCAAAAAGAAUUUGGUAAGUGUUUUCUUUAAUCUAGGAAAUUAGUUUACGCGGUAAAAAAAUUUAACGGUAUUCUUUUCUCCAGUUCUUUUUUUGGUUUGUGUUUUAGGCCUCCAUUGCUCAGUCGUUUUACAAGUUAUUGCUACGAAUGCUGAAAAUGUAUGUUUAGGCCGAACCUAUUAUUUUUUUGAAACACUACUACAACAUACUUGAAAUGGAGGUAACUAUAAAUUCAUUGUUGAGGGACAGCAUAGCUGUCACGAUGUCGUAUCGUUUAAUGACAAAGUAGUUUUGACUUCAAUGUAUACUUUGAUUUUAGAGAUGAGGCAGCUUCUAAACAAUUUGAAUAAUUUUAAAAAUGUAGAAAUUAAUUAAUAAACACAUUCGUAAAGUUGUUUUAAAUGAAUAAUAUAUUUGAUUAUCACCUAUGCGCAUCACUAAAUGAGUUAACAAUUAUCUUUAAAUGUUACUAGUUAUACUUACCUGUUGUAAUAUGUAUUUAUUUUAAGGUGGAGUUACAAGACAUUUUCUUGGGUGAAGAUCAACAGUCAUUACGAAGUUCUAAACAAUUUUGUUCGGUCUCAAACAAAGGAAAAAAUGAGAAAGUUCGAGGUAUCAUUUAAGUGGUUUUGUCAAUUCUUAUACAAUAUAACACUACGUAAGCGUCUUCUAUGCAAGCGUGAAUGCGCUAAAAAACUGAAAACGCGAGUCGCAAUCCUUUGUAUGCGAUUGAGCAUUUUUAACAUAUCUAAAUUACUGUGUUUGUUCAGCCUUGAGACCUUGUUAUUUGGAACACUUAUUCUUGACAACAAGUGAUGUAUAGAGAAACUGGUCUGAAUUCGCGCGCGGUUCUAGGUUUAAAGGCACUCGCGGGACGUGUCAUACGCGAUGAUAAAACUACAGAGCAGCAAGCAAGGGAGGAGAAAGAGCAAGCUGAAAGCGUAGCGACGAUGUUAAUGAGAAAGUAUGAUUCAAAAUUAUACGGGGAAGAUGAUACGUCACAGCCGACGUCACGCGCCGCCCCUAUUAUUCCUAUUGAAGCUAUUCGAAAAAAGAAAAAGAGGAAAAGAUCUCAGAUUUCAAUAUGCCUCACAAACUGUCGGUACGAGUCGAUCAGAAAGGUAGCGAGCGCUUUCGGAAUGCGUGAGGUGUCAGAGGAGGAUGCUUGGAACUUCUACUGGACAGACAUGAGUGUGUCGGUAGAACGCGCAAAGGAGAUGAAGAGGUUUCAACGCAUCAACCACUUCCCAGGCAUGCUAGAGAUAUGCAGGAAAGAUCUGUUGGCAAGGAACUUAAAUAGAAUGCAGAAAAUAUACCCGAAAGAAUAUAAUUUUUUUCCGAAGACUUGGUGUUUGCCAGCAGAUUUUGGCGAAGCUCUGAACUACAGUAAAUCACGUAAGAACAAAACAUUCAUAAUCAAGCCAGAAUGUGGUAGUCAAGGUCGUGGUAUUUACCUCACCAAGUCACUUAAAGACAUAAAACCUACCGAUAAACUUAUUUGCCAGGUGCAUGCAUGUUUCGAAAUUCUGGGCUUCGAUAUACUCUUAGAUCAUAAACUACAUCCAUACAUUUUAGAGGUAAAUCAUUCGCCGAGCUUCCACACGGACACGCAGCUUGAUCGCGAGGUUAAAGAGAGCCUGCUGACGGACACGUUCACUAUGCUCAACAUAUGGCAGUGCGACAAGAAACGCGUGCUAGAGGAAGACCGAAAACGUAUCCGCGAUAGAUUGUUGCAGACCAGCAAGUUUGCAGAUUUUACACCUACUGACGAAAAGGAGACAGAGAAGAGUCCUUGGCAAACGCAAAUUCAAUGGGAGGAGACUCAUCUUGGAAACUACAGACGCGUGUACCCGCAAACUAAAGCCAAAGCCGAAGCGCUCAAAAAGCCUUCUCAACCAAAAACCCUCAAAGAAGGUGAGAAGAAACAAGGCGAGGAAGGCAGCGGUACCGUUACCGCUACAGUCAGUACGGCUACUACGUCUGUCGAGAAGCCAAAACCCAAACCUAAAGAGAAGGAGAGGGAGAGGGAGAGGGAGAGGGAGAGGGAGAGGGAGAGGGAGAGGGAGAAACGCAAAGAUAAAGAAGAUAAAGAUAAAAAACUAUCAGGCAAACCUUCGUUAUCGCAGCAACCGGUGAUAGAAAAAGAGCCGAAGCCUUUGUACGUGCUGUGUUCUUAUGAGCCCGAUCCUAUUGUGGAGAAGGAAGAGCGUGAAAGAGUUAACCUUCUGGCUCAGAGAGAUUUUCUAAUCAGAAGUUAUGGUAUGCUGGAGCAGAUAUAUCUAGUUAUGAAGAAAAUGGGUACGUUGAGGCCCGAAGAUGAACGAAAAUACGGCGUGUAUGGCCGCUUAUCUGUUUUGUCCAAUUCCCCCAAGCCAUCCGCCAUAAAGAAGAAUAAACAGACAGGCAAGAAAUCAAAAGACGACGGUGACAAUUUAGUUAAUGAGUUGAGGAUUGAAUGCCGUGAUGCAGUGAUUUACCCUCGGCCGGCGAUGGCUGUGGGCACCACGUUGGGCGCCAACAAAGCACAACUGGCGCGAAUGACUUACACUAUAUGGAAAAUGAACUCGUAUGUUGUUUAUUUAGAAUUUUGUAUUAAUUUACAGUAA